AUGAUUCUGUUUGCAUCAUAAAUGUCAUUAACAGGUGCCCGUGACAAAGGUGAGAAGAUGCUAAAGACAUGGUAUUGUUUUCUGCUGUGUUGCCUGUCCUUGCAGCUUGAGGCUAAUCCUGGUCUUAAAGUGAGGAUUACUCAGAAGGGGCUGGACUAUGGCAGGAAGAUUGGCAUGGAGCUCCUGAAGGAAGCAGUCUUGAAAGAGACUUUCCCAAGCUGGAGUGGGCAGGAGAGAUUCUUGAUUGCUAAGGUCAACUAUGUCAUUUCAAGGAUCAGAAUUAAUGCUGUAGAUUUCCCAGAAACCUCUGCUUCCUUUAUUCCUAGCACUGGCAUUAGUCUAUCAGUGGCACGUGCUUCUGCUACAAUCAGUGCAGACUGGAGGAUGAACACUUGGCUUCUCAAAGACCAAGGAAGAAUGACUGUGUACAUCUCAGGACUGUUUGUUGAACUUAUCUUCAAAGUGUCAAGGGAUAGCACAGGCCACUUGUCUGUGUUGCUACACAACUGCCAGCUGCGCAUUAGUAGUGUGAAAGUCAAGUUAAAUGGAGGAUCAGGCUGGAUCUACACCUUUCUAUCUGGUUAUCUCGAGAAGCCCAUUCACAGCAAAUUGGAUAAAAAUCUAUGCCUAAAAAUCAAUUACAAAAUCCAAAUGAUGGAGGCACAGCUAAGAAAGCAUGAGGUUGUAAGACAGAUUGAUGCCUUUACACAAAUAGACUAUUCCCUAGUUAGUACUCCAGCAGUCUUCAAUUCACACAUGAACUUGGAUUUGAAGGGCACAAUCUAUCCUGUAGGAAAUCACACAGACCCUCCCUUUGUACCAGCUCCAUUUGUUCUCCCGAGUGAGGUUGAUUCCAUGCUAUACGUGGGCAUCUCCAGUUAUUUUCUUAAGUCUGCUUCACUGGCUUACUACAGAGCAGGAGCUUUCAACAUUACCAUCUCCAAAGAGAUUGCUACUACUUUUAACCUAAAUACCAGUUUAUUCAAAUAUUUUGCUCCUGAGAUCGCUCUGAGAUACAAAACAGCAUGCCCGGUGCUGCUGAAGCUCAUGGCUACAUCACCACCUGAGGUCAUUUUAGAUACGGACAGAUGCAUCCUACAGAUCACUGGCUAUGUAGAAGUGUUUGCUGUUCUGCCAAAUUCAACCCCCCAGUACAUCUUUACCGGGAAUCUAACAGCCAGUACCAGCGCCAGUUUGACAAUAACCAAACAGAAGUUGAUUAUCUCAGUACUUCUGAAGAGGUUCCAGUUCUCCCUGAUGCACUCCACUUUUGGCUCCUCUGAGCAGAUAUCACCAGCAGAGAAUUUUCUGUCUUACACUUUACAGAAUGUAAUCAUCCCUGUAAUUAACGCUAAACUAGGAAAAGGAUUUCCUCUUCCUAACUUGGCUCACACUACCUUGAUGGGACCUAGAAUAAAAAUUAAUCAGGGUCAUCUGGUGAUUUCCACUGAUGUUCUCUACAAACAUGAGGAAAAGGAAGAUGAGGAACUUAACAGUCACUCCUAA